GAAAUUUAUAGGAAAAAAAUCACACGGUCUGAUGCGACGGACUUUGUGACUGUUUUAUUUUCCCUCCCCAAAAACUUAACACACACCAUCUGCAAUCUCUUCUCUGGUUAAUAUCUUCCGCAUUUGCCGAAGCCCCCACACACACAGUGCCGACGACAGAUCGCAAACUCGAUCACUGUUUGCUCCCUCACCCAAGAGCUAAACACUCUGAUUGUUCUUGCCCAUCUCUUCAAUUUUUCGAUUCAUUCGAAGCUGCCCGCCAGAGAGUGGGAGGAAAAUACUGAUUCGAAGGUGUGAUUUCUGCGUAAAGGUUGCGUUUUGAUCGAUUUUUUGGGUUGAAGACGGCGUUUGGCGGAUGCCCAAGUGAGCAAAAACGGAGCUGAUAUGAUUGGAGGGCGGUUUGCAGUGGUACGUUGAUCGAAUCUGGGACAUGUGUCGGUGCGGAUUCGUGAUUUGGUGGUGAAUUGUGGAGGAAAUUAGUCAAAGAUGCGGAGGCGGGCGGCCGAGUAUCGGCGCCCGGUUCGACGGAGGUUUUCGAAUUGGAUCUGGGCGCUUUUUGGGCUCUUCUCCGUUGCAGGCCUGGUUUUGUUAGUUGUGAACCAUAACCAGCAUGAAGAUCGGGUCGAACAACCCGUGCUGGAGAGAAAUACGAGACUUGAGCAGGUUGCUCAUGAGAGUUUAAAUUUUACUGAAGAAAUAUUGAGUGCUAGAUCGUUUUCCAGGCAGCUAGCUGAACAAAUGACGCUUGCCAAAGCUUAUGUUAUUAUUGCCAAAGAGCACAAUAACCUUCAUCUUGCUUGGGAGCUUAGUUCAAAGAUCCGAAGUUGCCAGCUUUUGCUGUCAACAGCUGCCAUGAGGGGAGAGCCUGUGACACUAGAGGAAGCAGAGCCAAUAAUUAAAAGCCUAUCAUACCUUAUAUUCAGAGCCGAAGAUGCACAUUAUGACAUUGCAACCACAAUAAUGACAAUGAAAUCCCAUAUCCAAGCCCUUGAAGAGCGUGCAAAUGCCGCAACAGUUCAAAGCACGGUAUUCGGGCAACUAGCUGCUGAAGCAUUACCCAAAAGCCUCCAUUGCCUAAAUGUUAAGCUCACAGCUGAUUGGCUUAAAAAGCCAUAUCUGCAACGACUUGCAGAUGAAAAGAGGAAUUCUCCCAGACUCGUGGACAACAAUACCUACCAUUUCUGCUUAUUUUCAGACAAUGUGGUUGCCACCUCUGUGGUUGUCAACUCCACUGUCUCCAAUGCUGACCAUCCAAAACAGCUGGUCUUCCACAUUGUCACAAAUGGGAUCAACUAUGGGACAAUGCAGGCGUGGUUCCAAAGUAAUGAUUUCAAAGGGUCCACAAUAGAAGUGCAGAAUAUUGAGGAAUUUUCUUGGUUUAAUGCUUCUUAUUCACCUAUCAUGAAACAGCUCCUUGAUGCAGAUUCGCGAGACUUUUAUUUUGGUGGAUAUCAAGAUAUGGAUGUUGUGCCAAAGCUGCGGAGCCCUAAGUAUCUAUCUUUGCUCAAUCACCUUCGAUUCUACAUUCCAGAGAUCUAUCCGCAGCUGGAGAAGGUAGUUUUUCUUGAUGACGACGUUGUUGUCCAGAAGGAUCUGACCCCACUUUUCUCAUUGGAGUUGCAUGGAAAUGUGAAUGGAGCAGUGGAAACUUGUCUUGAAGCAUUUCAUCGUUAUUACAAGUAUCUGAAUUUCUCAAACCCAAUCAUCAGCGCCAAGUUUGAUCCACAGGCAUGUGGGUGGGCCUUCGGUAUGAAUGUCUUUGAUUUAAUUGCUUGGAAGAAAGCAAAUGUAACUGCACGGUAUCAUUACUGGCAGGAGCAGAAUGCCAAUGGGACACUUUGGAGGCUAGGCACUCUUCCGCCUGGCCUUCUAACAUUUUACGGUCUGACAGAGCCGCUUGAUAGGAGAUGGCAUGUAUUAGGACUGGGGUAUGAUCUGAACAUUGACAACCGAUUGAUUGAGAGUGCGGCGGUGGUUCACUUUAACGGGUUCAUGAAGCCGUGGCUGAAGUUGGCCAUUGGCAGGUAUAAGCCUCUCUGGGAGCGGUAUGUAAAUCAAAGCCACCCGUACCUCCAAGAUUGUGUCACAAGCUAGAAUGUGCUGCUUCUUGAUUGCUCGUAAUUCAUGCGAUCUCCGAGACUUUUAAACUCUCAAUGCCGGAAAAUAUGGUUCCCGUUAUUGUAGUCAGGAGUACAAAAUUUUGAAGUAAAGUUUACCAGACAGUUAUCAUUUUUUUUUCUUUUCUGCAUCAUAGUUCCCUGAAAGGAAAAGAGCAUUGUUUCUUAUACAUUUAGAAAGUUUACAUGUACCAGGUGAAGAGUUGUGAGAGCUAAAUUGACUUUUGCGCCUGAGAUGGGGUUUUCUUUUUCCCCCUCUCUGCAAGCUGUAGAAUUAUUUGUUCCUUAGCAGGUGUUUGUAAUAAAUUUUCAGCCUCAUUUGAGUUAUAUUAUGCAACUGAACCAAUUUUUUAGCA